AUGUGGUGUGCUCACAUCAAAAGGCAUCUUCGUUUUAUGAAUGGAGGAGAAGAAGGAAAUGAUACAAAAGGAAACCCCAAGCAUCAAUACCAAGAAUGUAAACCCCAGCCUGCAAAGGAAGGCGCGUGCUUUGGUGCCGCUGCCAGCAGGUGGACUCCAAAAGCCCUCAUAGGAGGUGAGCUUCCUGUGGAGCUGGCAGAUGAGCAAAGCCCAUGGAGGUGCCUCUUCUCUGCACCCGUGGACUCCCUCCCCAUCACUGCCAGGGCAAGCAAGAUGAAGUGGAGGAGGAUUGUGAUCUUUGCCAUCUUACAGGCGCAGCUCCCGGUGGCAGAUGCUGUACCAAUUCUUGGACUGACAGACCCAAGACUGUGCUACUUACUGGAUGGAUUCCUCUUCAUUUACGCAAUCGUCAUAACAGCCCUUUUCGUGAAAGCAAAGCUUAGCCAGACCUCUGAACUACAACUGCAACCAGGCCAGGAUGAUCUGUAUAAUAAACUGUCUCGUGGACAGAGAGAUGAAUAUGAUGUUCUGGGGGCAAAGCGAGGUGCAGAUCCUGAGCUGGGCGGGAGACACCAGCAAAGAAGAAGGAACCCUCAGGAUACCGUCUACACUUCACUGCAGAAGGACAAGAUGGGCGAGGCAUACAGUGAAAUCGGAAUGAAGGGGGAGCAGCAGAGGCGGCGAGGCAAAGGGAAUGAAGGUGUUUACCAGGGACUCAGUACAGCGACCAAGGACACUUACGAUGCUCUCCAAAUGCAGCCUCUGCCUCCUCGCUAAAAGGGAGUCACGGAGGGGAUGGACAAGGCUGAGGGAUGCCCAACAGCUUUGAGGAGGAGGGAAAGCCUUUUUCAUCCAAAACAAGCACUCUAUUUUCUCAGUUGAACAAUCUGCUUUGGUUGGUGCACAGAGGGAAUACGUCUGGACUUGGUCAGCCCCUUCUCCCUUCCCACUUGAAUCAUGUAACUGCAAGCUUUAGCCAUAAAGAUGUACAUACCUGUAAAAUUGUUUCCAGACACAGUGGUUAGAAGACCGAUUUUUCCAAGAUUUGUGUUGUGGGACCAGACGACAAGUACCAACACAGCUGUUCCCAUAGCUCCCACCUGCCUCCCAGGGGUAGUGACACAUGUAAUUAUAGGUUUAUUGCAUUUAAAGAACUCGUAAAGAUAGCGCUGUAGUUAUUUCUUGUGAUAUUUAAGACUGUUUGACACAGGUCAUCUAAACAUUUUGCUUUAAAUUCACUUUUUAAAAAUGGCUUCAGUGGGGGACAAUUUUUUUCUUUAAUUGUAAAAAGUGAUGUGAUGUUACUGCAGUGAAGGCCAGAGGGGCUGAAGUCAGGUUUUCAAUGUGAAGAAAACGAGCACUAAGCCCCAACAAAAGAUCAAACAAUGUCAUUGCCACUCCUCCAGCACCUGGAGCAAAACAAGAGUAAGGUAACCUGUGUAAGAGACCUCUCAGAAGGUGGAGGAUACCCCCAUGACAAUGGAAAUAAGGUGAAUGGACUCUGACGAAGAAAGUAAUACUGAAAAAGCCAGGAAAACUCACCCUGGAGAAUCCCAUUUGGCUGCACGGUUUGGCUGAAGCUUGUCCCCUCACAUCAGCAACAUCUACAACUAUCACUGCAGAACAGGCUCCCCUUGUAAGAGCUGGUACGGUAAUUCUAAUGUCAGAAACAGACCAAGCCUGAGUCUUCCAGGUGACGGGAACUGUACAAAAGCCAAUGUGAAUACAGAUUCCAAACCAGUCUAUCAUCAGGUCACCUUUAAAAGACGACGCUCAUAUCAUUCCGAAGAGAUACUAAUUCAGCAAUUAUGUAAUGCAUUUUUGAUGAAUUA